CGACAGGAACAGUUCAUUGGAAUUUGUUAACUGUGUAGCCUGCCGUUUUGAGCAAUAUCCUGGGGUUUGGCUGUGCUGGAAAUGCAUUUUGUCUGCAUUUUUUAGUUAGACAGACAAAAGGCUCUCAAAUAGGUAUAGCCUAUUCAUAUGGACAUUCAGAUACACUUCAUAUAGUUUUACAUAGACACGACAACAUUUGAAAAUGGCCUGGGUAAGGAUGGUCCACAUUUCCCUGAUCUUGGUUUUAAGCCAACAGGUCGACUCUUACGUUCCUCCUCCCGUCAACGUGAGCGUUAUCUGCCACAAUUUUCACAAUGUGAUCUAUUGGAACUACAGUGAACCAUCUCUGCAGCCACAGUUCAAUGUGGAAAUGACAAGAAAAUACUCUGGUGCUGCCUUGGUUUGUUCAAACACUUCCCUCUACCACUGCGAUGUCUCCUCAUUUACCAAAGUAAUAGAAGAGGGCUACCGUUUCAUAUUGACUGCUGUUGGACAGAAUACCAAUUCCUCCGAAAUUUCAUUCACCUACGAUGAUACAGUGUAUCCAGACCUGGUGGAUGUACAGUGCUCAUUGGAUUUCCCACCUGUCAACAUCUCUGCUGUAUCUGAUCAAAUUAUCAAAGUUCAAUUCAUUCACCCGUUUCACAUCUACAAAUAUGCCAUCAUCAAAAAUGAAAGACCGGAUCAUAAGGAAUUUGAUUACAUGGUUGUCACAGAAGAUCACUUGAAACAACACAACUUUGCCUGCUCUUACAAGCAACACCAUGUGUGUGAGGCUGAAAUACCAGUCGAUGGAAAGAUGGAUAGGCACUGCAUCAAGAUGAAAGGAAAAAUGAACAAUGUUCAUGUCUCAGCUCACCAGAACAUAUGCAUUGAGGGGAAGCAUGGGGAUUCUGGUCCUAGCUACACUGCCCUCUACAUUGUGAUCCCUAUCGUUGCCAUGGUGGUGAUUGCGUUCAUCGUGUGGCUGAUAUACAGUAAACUGACAAGCGGCUCAUUCCCUCAACCAAAGAUUUUGGCUUCCAUACUGUCACAUAUCGGUUCAGUUAGGUCACUUAUGCUCCCUGAGAGAGCCAUCCUGAGUGAGGUACAAACAGGUGGCUCCCCCCUGCUGCAGACCCCCAUGGAAUCUUUGCCAGAUGAGACCCUCACAGUCUUCAGUACCCCCCAGGAAGAGGUCCUCCGCCUCCCCAUUGGACUGAAGGACCAGGAGUGGAGCGGUGGGGAGGUCAUGUUGCCUAACGAGGGAUCAGGCUCUUCACUGCAGGUAACGAGAGAGUUGGGACUGAAGGUGAAGAGUAACUUCGCUGAGCUGUCGAACUAUGACUGCUCCCAUAGACUUGUGAUAGAGGAGAUGAGUCCUGCGCGUUCAGCCUAGGGUAAACAGACUGCUGCAACCUGAUUGGCUGAACGUGAUACGCAACAUCCGGGACUAAUAUUUAGCCACUAUCAUGGUGGUGGAAAAUUGUUUCAUGAGGAAAACAUGCAUAGUUUUCCUGUUUUUAUCCGCCUUCUCGCCAAUAAAUUAAGGAGGAUAUCGAAGCCUUUGCAGCCUGAAUGGAGAAUGUUUUAGGUACGAACCUGUCCACAGGGGAUACAAGUAUAUUGCCAGCUGCAUUUGGACGGUAAGAUUAACUCAAUAUCGCCAUCUGCGGUCUUUAGGUUACAUCAUACCUAAUCAUUUUGGUUUUUAUUGUGCACAUCUGUAUAUUGUAUUUUUCAUAUAGCUGCAAUUAUCUUUUUUUAUAAAUAAUAAGGCUGUUUCUAUUUUGCAAACUAAUUCUAUUGUUUUUAAAAUAUUAUUUUCCCCUAUCAUUUCCCAAUAUACAAUAAAUAAACUCG